AUGUCUCUUCUUCGUAGGGCCGUUACCCCGGCUCGCAAGGCCGCCUUCAACCAGGGCCGUAGCUUCUCCACCUCGCUUGUCGCCAACGCUCACAAGGAGGUCAAAUUCAGCAACGAUGGUCGUGCCGCCAUGCUCAACGGUGUCAACCUCCUCGCCAACGCCGUCUCUGUCACUCUCGGUCCCAAGGGCCGUAAUGUCAUCAUCGAGCAACCCUUCGGUGGUCCCAAGAUCACCAAGGACGGUGUUACCGUAGCCAAGUCCAUCACCCUUAAGGACAAGUUCGAGAACCUCGGUGCUCGUCUCGUCCAGGAUGUCGCCAACAAGACCAACGAGAUCGCCGGUGACGGUACUACCACCGCCACUGUCCUUGCCCGUGCCAUCUAUGCCGAGGGUGUCAAGAACGUCGCUGCUGGCUGCAACCCCAUGGACCUCCGACGUGGUGUCCAGGCCGGUGUUGACGCCGUCAUCAAGUUCCUCGAGACCAACAAGCGUGCCGUUACCACCUCGGCUGAGAUCGCUCAGGUCGCUACAAUUUCCGCCAACGGUGACCAGCACGUCGGUCAGCUCAUUGCCACCGCCAUGGAGAAGGUCGGCAAGGAGGGUGUCAUCACUGUCAAGGAGGGCAAGACCCUUGAGGACGAGAUCGAAAUCACCGAAGGUAUGCGCUUCGACCGUGGUUACAUCUCACCUUACUUCAUCACAGACGUCAAGACUGCCAAGGUUGAGUUCGAGAAGCCCUUCAUCCUUCUUUCCGAGAAGAAGAUCUCGGCUCUCCAGGACAUUCUCCCCUCGCUCGAGGCUGCUGCUCAGGCCCGUCGCCCCUUGCUCAUCAUUGCUGAGGACGUCGACGGUGAGGCUCUUGCUGCAUGCAUUCUCAACAAGCUCCGUGGUCAGCUCCAGGUCGCUGCUGUCAAGGCUCCCGGAUUCGGUGACAACCGUAAGAGCAUCCUCGGCGAUCUUGGCAUUUUGACCGGUGCUCAGGUCUUCUCCGACGAGCUUGAGACCAAGCUCGACCGCGCCACCCCUGAGAUGCUCGGUACCACCGGUGCCGUCACCAUCACCAAGGAGGACACCAUCUUCCUCAAUGGCGAGGGCGACAAGGACCGUCUUGCCCAGCGAUGCGAGCAAAUCCGUGCCGCUAUCAACGACACCACCACUUCCGAGUACGACCGAACCAAGCUCCAGGAGCGUCUUGCCAAGCUUUCGGGCGGUGUUGCUGUCAUCAAGGUCGGUGGUUCCUCCGAGGUUGAGGUCGGAGAGAAGAAGGACCGAUACGACGAUGCUCUCAACGCUACCCGUGCUGCUGUUGAGGCUGGUGUCUUGCCCGGUGGUGGUGUUGCGCUCUUGAAGGCUUCUUUGGCGCUCAACGACGUGGCUACUGCCAACUUUGACCAGCAGCUUGGUCUUUCCAUGCUCAAGGCUGCUCUAAACCGACCUGCCCGCACCAUUGUCGAGAACGCCGGCGAGGAGGGUUCCGUUGUUGUUGGUCGCUUGCUCGAGAAGCCCGGUGACUUUACCUACGGUUACGAUGCCAGCGUUGGCGAGUACAAGGACAUGAUUGCUGCCGGUAUCUUGGACCCUUUGAAGGUGGUCAAGACCGCUUUGCAGGAUGCUUCCGGCGUCGCUUCGCUCUUGACCACCAGCGAGUGCUGCAUUGUCGAGGCUCCUGAGGAGAAGGGCUCUGCAGGUGACAUGGGUGGUAUGGGUGGUAUGGGUGGUAUGGGCGGCAUGGGUGGCAUGGGCUUCUAA